UUAAUAGCUGACCUGUGAUAAAAAGGGCCUAUAUAUAUGUGGUGCAGUUGCUGCAUUGUCACUGGCGAACAUGGCUCGAUUGGCGUUGUGUGUACUGGCUCUCUUGGUGGCCGGGGCUCUCUCGAGUCCCGAAAGGUCCAAUGUCUCACCUAAAAUUGCGGAUCCAGUUUUCUUGCAACGCCAGGUGGAUUUGAUGAUCUUGUUCUUCCACCUCCAUGAACCCAAUCAUCUCCAAUCUUGGAAGCAAAUUUGUGAUACCUGGACUCCUGAAAAGAACAUCGAGCACUUCAGCAAUGUAACUGCUGUGACCACUUACAUAGAAAUGCUGGAGCACAAAUGGGUACUCCCUCGCGCUGUACCUUUCUCCGUUCUUGAAAGUGAGCAUAAGUUUGAAGCAGUCACACUGUACAACGUAUUGUACUCUGCCAAGGACUAUGAUACGUUCUACAAGGCAGCUGUAUACUUCAGGGAACGUGUCAACGAAAAUCUCUUCGCUUACGUGCUCGGAGUUGUGAUUGUGAACCGCCCAGAUACUAAGGGAAUUUACAUUCCUCGUCUGCAUGAGGUUUUCCCAUCCUUCUACAAUAAUGGAGAAAUCCUUACUACGGCACAAAGGAUAAACACACAUGGACACCGUUUGGUUGAGUCUUAUCCUUCUACCUACAAAUGGGACAACAACGUGGUCAUUAGAUGGAAUGACACUAUUUGGCCCUACUCCAAUAACCACAUCACCCCUGUUGUCUACUUUACCAAUGACAUUGGCCUUAACACAUUCUACUACAACUACCAUCUUGCUCAACCCAGUUGGCUGCAUAGCGAAGUUCUUCCAUUAAACAAAGAACGCCGUGGAGAAUGGUUCUGGUUCGUACACAGUCAAAUCGUUGCUCGUUAUUAUAUGGAAAGAUUGUCCAACGGUCUUGGUGAGAUCCCUGAACUUGGACACGAGAUUGUUAAGGAAGGGCACAACCCAGGUCUCUUGUACCACAAUGGCAUUGCUUUCCCAGCAAGACCCGACUACUACCACCUAGACCGCCCUGUGUUGGUUCAGGCUCUUCAAAAAAUUGACGAUUAUGAACGUCGCGUUCGUGACGCUAUCGAACAAGGUUAUGUACUUAACCAUCUUGGUGAACGUAUCGACAUCUGCACUCCUGAGGCUAUCGAAAUCCUGGGCAAUCUAAUUGAAGCCAACACUGAGUCUCCAAAUCCUAAAUACUACAAUGACUUCAUCAGCCUUUGGAAAAAGGUUUUGGGAAAUUCUAUUGUUCACGAAAAACAGUACCACCACCACGUCGUUCCUUUGGUUGUUCCCUCUGUACUGGAGCACUACCAAACUGCUCUGCGUGACCCUGCUUUCUACAUGAUCUGGAAGCGAGUCUUGGGACUGUUCAAGUUGUGGCAAGAGAAACUUCCUCCCUACAAGCGUGAAGAGCUUGCUCUGCCCCAGGUGGCUAUUCAGCAGGUUGACGUUGAUAAACUGGUGACAUUCUUCGAGUACAACUAUUUCAACGUUUCUUCGUACUUGCACAUGAAUGAAGAAGAAGCCAAGGAAUUGUACGAUCAAGUGAGCGUGGUGGUACAGCACCCAAGAUUGAACCACAAGAAAUAUAAAGUACGAGUACAUGUCAAGAGUGAGGUUGCCAAGACCGUUCUUGUCAAGUUCUUCUUGGCGCCCAAAUACGAUAGCCACGGCAAUGAAAUACCUCUCCACGUGAACACCCACAACUUCAUGCAAAUUGACGAGUUCGUGCAUGACUUACCCGCGGGAGAAACUGUGAUUACUCGCGAGUCUGUUGAUACCAGCAAAGUCUGGGACACCGCCAACAAUGUCUACCACGCGUUUGAGAAAUCCCUCCAGGGUGACAAACAAUUCAACAUGGAACAGCUUGAGAACAUGGAGUCGCUGGUCCAACACCUUAUGCUGCCUAAGGGACGCGUCGGCGGCAUGCCUUUCGUUUUGAUGGUCUACAUUUCCGACUACCGUGCACCCAAGGUUCAUCGUGAGCCAAGCAAUGUUGCCAAGGUGUCUCUUGGCCUUACCAUCGUUGCUCAGCAGCUGACCGAUGAUCCACUUGGCUUCCCAGUCAACAGACCUCUCUACCCCUGGCAGGUGGAAGGUGUCAAGAACUUGUACCUCCAGGAUGUCCUGAUCUACCAUAAGCACACUCCUGAGAUUGUAGUCCCCCACAUGGAAUAUAAUCGAGUGCAUUCAGAAACGGAAUGCGCUAGUAGUAUAAAAAGAAUAUGGACCUUCCUAUCGGCACAGUUGUCACCGGUAGAGGCAACCAUGAAGACUGUCUUACUCCUUGCUGGGCUCGUCGCCCUGGUGAUGGGCAGCGCCGUCCCACACAAACAUGACUUCAAACUGAAGGCUGUGGAACCCAAAUUCGUUGAGUACCAGAAGAAAAUUCUGCAUCUUUUCGAAAACUCCGAGCAGCUGGAGUACAGUUCCGAUUAUUACAAAAUUGGCAAGGACUAUGACAUCGAAGCAAACAUCCAGAACUAUUCGAACAAAAAAGCCGUCGAAGAGUUCUUGCUGCUAUACAGAACUGGAACUCUACCGAAAUAUUACAAGUUCUCCAUUUUCUACGAACGUAUGAGGGAUGAAGCCAUCGCUCUGUUCCACGUCUUGUACUACGCAAAGGACUUCGAAACCUUCUACAAAACUGCAGCCUGGGCUAAGGUCUACAUGAACGAAGAACAGUUCUACUAUGCGUACUACAUCGCUAUCGUCCAAAGGAAAGAUACUACUGGCAUUGUCCUCCCCGCACCCUAUGAAGUCUACCCGCAAUUCUUCUUUACUAAUGAAGUUAUGCAUAGGUUGUAUCGCGUCAAGAUGCAAAAUAACAUGUACGACGACAAGGUUGCUGCCCAAUAUGGUAUAGUUAAAGAAAACAACAACUUCGUCUUCUACUCCAACUACUCCACCUCCUUGAGUUACCCGAACGUGGAACAGAAACUGUCCUACUUCACUGAAGAUAUCGGCUUGAACUCGUACUACUUCUACUUCCACUCAUAUAUGCCUUUCUGGUGGAAGUCUGAAAAGAUGAGUGCAUUGAAGGACCGUCUUGGUGAAGUCUUCUUCUACUACUACCAACAACUUCUGGCUCGUUACUAUUUGGAACGUCUCCCCCAUGGUUUGGGUGAAAUUCCUGAAUUCUCGUGGUACUCCAAAUUUAAGUCUGGAUACUACCCAGAAUUGUACGCUAGUUACGUUAACUACGCCCAAAGAAGCAAUGACUACAACAUCCACAAUGAAAAGAAUUACGAAUACAUUCGUUUCCUGGACACUUAUGAGAAGACAUUCUUCCAAUUCUUGCAGAAGGGCGAAUUUAAGACUCCGGAGAAGGAAAUGAACUACGUCGGCAACUACUGGCACAUGAACUCCGACUUGUACGCUGAGCAGAGCAACAAGGACCUGCACCAGUAUUCUUACGAAAUCAUCGCUCGUCACGUCCUUGGUGCUAGCCCCAAGCCUUUCGACAAGUACACCUUCAUGCCAUCCGCAUUGGACUUCUACCAGACUUCCCUGCGCGAUCCUGCAUUCUACCAGCUCUACCAGAGAAUCAUCGAUUACCUUAUUGAUUACAAGCAGUACGUGAAACCAUACGACCACAAUGACCUUCACUUCGUGGGUGUUAAGAUCAACGACGUUCAAGUCAGCGAAUUAGUCACUUACUUCGACUACUUCGACUUUAAUGCCACAAACAGCGUCUUCUACGACAAGCAAGAACUCAAAUCCUACCCGGUGAACUACAUUGUCCGUCAACCACGACUCAACCACAAACCUUUCAGCGUGAAACUUGAUGUUAAGUCUGACGUAGCAUCAGAUGCCGUCUUCAAGAUCUUCAUUGGACCUAAAUACCACGCCAAUGGUUACCCGGUUAACAUUGAGGACGACUGGAUGAAGUUCUACGAACUGGACUGGUUCGUGCAGAAACUUGUACCUGGUGAGAACAAGAUUGAACGCAAAUCCAGCGAGUUUGCACUCUUCAAGGAUGACUCUGUUCCCAUCCACGAGAUCUACGAAUGGUUAGAGCAAGGAAAGGUGCCAUAUGACAUGUCAGUUCAGCCCGACAACAUGCCAAGGAGACUGAUGCUGCCUAAGGGUACUCUUGGUGGUUACCCAUUCCAGCUGUUUGUGUUCGUCUACCCAUACAACAGUGUUAAGAAAGCAGAGAAUGUAUUUGAGAGUUACAUCUUGGACAACAAACCCUUCGGAUAUCCAUUUGACCGCCCCGUGCGUGAGGCUUACUUCAGACAACCCAACGUCUUCUUCAAGGAUGUCAGAAUUUUCCACAAAGACGCAUAUUUCCCUUAUGAGCUUAACGUUCCCUCUUAUUUUCUCAAGAACAAGAUAUAAGUUGCUGAAUAAUUCUUAACUUUUAGUUAGAAUUGUUUUAGAAAUGUACAAAAAUACGAGUGAAUAUGUAGUAUGAUGAAAAUGUAUGUAUAAAUAAAUAUGUAUAAAUAUUAAAAA